UUGAUGAUUGUUCACAUAAUUCACAUCAUCAUCAGUCAAAACCAACAACUGUAGAAUAUAAUAGUAGACAGCAGCAGCAACAACAAAAUUACCAUCAUCAUCAUCAUCAUCAUAAUCAUAAUCAUCAUUCACAGCCGUCCAAUAAUGUAGAUAGUACAGAAAUAUUGAUAUUAACAAUAUCCCGAUGUUUGGCUUUAUUAUAUGUUUAUCAUCAAUUUCGUAAUUUAUAUAAUCAAUCCAAAUAUUUGGUUGGAAUCGCCAUGUUAUUCACCGUAUUUUCCAGUAUAAUGUUCAUGUCUGGUGUUUUAAAUUUUUUCGAUGGUAAUUUUGCCGUUCUGAAUAAAGCAAUACCAUUUUUUAUAUUAUUAUCGGAUCUAAGUAAAUCUUGUUCACUGGCAAGAUUUGCUCUUUCAUCAUCGAAUCGAGAAGAGAUACAAGAAAAUAUAGCUAGAGGAAUGGCAACGCUUGGUCCUUCGCUUACAUUGGACACAUUGGUCGAAACAUUGGCUAUCGGUAUGGGUACCAUUUCAGGAUUGCCUCGUCUUGCCGAAAUUAGCUACAUUGCCUGUUUAACUGUUAUCGUUAAUUAUAUCGUAUUUAUGACAUUCUUUCCUGCCACAUUAUCUUUGGUCCUUGAAUUGGCUCAUGAUGGUGCAAAUAAACCAGCCUGGCAGUUUAGCUCAUUGGCCAAAGUUUUACAAUUGGAAACCGAACACACACCUAAUCCAGUGAUUCAACGUGUCAAAUUGAUUAUGUCAGCUGGUCUUAUGAUGGUUCAUAUGUUAAGCCGAUGGCCAUUGGUUAAUGAUGAAAAUGAUGGUGGUGUAUUGGAUUCAUUCAAAUCAUCAUCAGCUGUUUCAUCAGCUAGUGAUAAAUUAGCCGAUGAUGAAGUAUUCAAUUCAUUUACAACUGGAUUAAUGAAUGCUGUUGGUACUGAACAAAUUCUUAUGAUUGGCCUUAUGUUUGCUUUGACUAUAAAAUAUUUUUGGUUCGAAAAUCUUGAUAUUCAUUCUCGGUUAUCAUCAUCUUCUUCCAAUAAUAUUCACAAUUCAAAUGGCAGUUCGUUUGCUACUUCCAAAGAUGUAGAAGAAUUAAAAUCAUCAUCAUCUUAUAAAAAUUCCGAGCUUAAAGAAGAUUGUAGCAGUGAAACAAGUUCAAAUCUUAGUGAAAGCUGUAGUAAUACAACAUCUACCACUCCAUCAUCUACUAGACCAACAACGCCGACAACAAUAUCAUCAACUGGUGAUGAAUCGGAUAAUUCUUUACAGCAUUCAACUAACAAAUCGAAUGGUUGUUCAACGACAAAUUCAUCGACCACAGAAAAUUCUGAUACUGAAAGUGUUCUAGGUCAAUGCCGUCAUAAAUUAUCGUUCUCUUCAAAUGGAAGACGAACAUCAGCCAAAAAUAUCUGUGUUGAUGAUCAACUUGCAACAAGUAGUGGUCAUGGUACUGAUAAUGAAAAUGAAUCGACACAACAAAUUUCACAUGACAAUAAUAACAAAUCAGAUGCACCGGCAUUUUUUAUUGGUGAUGAUUAUUGUAAUGAUUCCUCGGAUUGUUAUUCAUCCGAUUCAAAUGUUCCAGAAUAUAUAGAUUCUAGUACACAAACAGAUACGAUUCCAAAUAUUGUUGCCGAUGAUUCUUUAAUCACAAUUACCGAUUCAACGGCGUGUAACGCAGCAGCAACAACAACAACGAUUGAUGAUGAUACAUUUAGAGAUAUGGAUGAAUUGUUAUCGAUACUUGGUCAAGAAGAUGGUUAUUCUAAGCUAUCAAAUCGAGAAAUUGAAUUUCUUGUUGCCAAUAAAAAAGUUCCAGCCUAUAAAUUGGAAUCUUUACUGAAUAAUCCUGAACGUGGAGUAUCGAUUCGAAGAAAAGUGAUCGAAAAUAUGGCCAAUACACAAGGCGUUUUAACUAAUGUGCCUUAUCAUGGUUAUAAUUAUAACCUUGUUUUAGGAGCUUGUUGUGAAAAUGUUAUCGGUUAUAUGCCGAUUCCACUUGGAGUGGCAGGGCCAUUAUUGUUGAAUGGUCGUCAAUAUUAUGUACCAAUGGCAACUACCGAAGGUUGUUUAGUUGCCAGUACUAAUCGAGGCUGUAGUGCAAUAGCAGCCGCUGGCGGCUGUCGUGCUAAAGUCUAUUUCGAUGGAAUGACACGUGGUCCACUACUAUAUUUCCGUAGUGCUAUGGAUGCCGCCGCAGCUCAAGAAUGGAUCAAUAGAACGGAAAAUUUUUAUAUUAUCAAAAAAGCUUUUGAUUCUACAUCACGUUUUGCUCGUUUACAAAGCAUCAAAUGUUCAUUGGCUGGCCGAUAUCUUUUUCUAAGAUUCGUAGCAUCCACUGGUGAUGCUAUGGGAAUGAAUAUGUUAUCAAAAGGCACAGAAUUAGCAUUGGAAGAAUUAGCCAAACAUGUAAAUGGAUUAGAAUUAAAAUGUUUGAGCGGUAAUUUCUGUACCGAUAAAAAACCAUCAGCUGUAAAUUGGAUUGAUGGCCGUGGUAAAUCCGUAGUGUGUGAAGCAAGGAUUCCUAAAAAUGUUGUACAAAAAGUUCUCAAAAUUGAUGUGAAAAAAAUCGCUCAUCUGGGUAAUUCUAAAAAUUUGAUUGGAUCUGCACUUGCUGGAUCGAUAGGUGGUAAUAACGCUCAAGCGGCUAAUAUUGUUGCUGCUAUUUACAUUGCUACUGGACAGGAUCCAGCUCAAGUUGUUGGAAGUGCCAAUUGUAUGACAUUAUUGGAAGUAGAAGAUAAUGGAGAUUUGUACAUAUCUUGCACGAUGCCUUCUAUCGAAAUUGGUACCAUUGGUGGUGGUACGGUUCUUGGGCCACAAGGAGCAUGUCUUGAGCUUCUUGGAUUAAAAAAUAAAAAUCAAGCACCGGGUGAAAAUACUAGAGAAUUGGCACAAAUUGUUUGUGCCACUGUGUUGGCUGGUGAAUUAUCAUUAUUAUCAGCGUUGGCUGCUGGCCAUUUAGUUCGUUCACAUAUGAAACAUAAUCGUUCUACAAUCAAUAUACAAGCAUCAGCUGCAGCGGCCACACUUGAAACAUUGUGUCCAAGGUCAUCGGUUCCAUCAUUCGUUGGUUCGAAUGGUGGCAGUGGUGGUGGUGGAAUAUCAUCAUCAUCAUUAUCCAUAACAACACCUCCCAAUAGUUAUACGUUAACAGUGCCUAGGACAGGAAUUUAAAAAUCCACUAAAAUAAAACAAACAAAACGAAAAAAAAACAAAUAAAAAACUGGUCCUGAUGA